AUGAAAUUCUUCCUUCUCCUUACAAUUGCCGCUCUGCUCUGUGCCCAGACCCUUGCCGCCACCAAUGGAUUCUCUGCCAACCUGAUCAACUCUCCAGCCUUGUCACUUGUUAAUGGUGCUCAGUCACUUAGCACUGUUGGUGGAUGGUCCACCGGAGGCAAUGGAUUCAACUUGGGUAACUUUGGCGCCAACGGUGGCUACACAAUCCCUGUUGCCGGUAUCUACCACUUUGAUGCCAAUGUCCUGAUCAACGUUGCCUCGGCCACCGCACCGAACCAAAAUGUCGACAUCCGUAUCGUCAACUGUGCCGCCGGAUCUGGAUGCAAUGCUUACUGUGCCGGAGGUUCAGUCCUUGGACGCACUCUAACUCAAGGUGGCUCGACCUGGUUGGGCAGUGGCUUCAACCUCGCAUUCCCACCAAACUACAACCUCAAAGCAUCAUACACCGGAUUCUUCAACGUUGGUGACACCAUCGCUGUGUGCAUUGACAACUGGGCAGCCUCUGGUCAAGUCAAGUUGAAUUGUGCUUCAUCCCCACUCUGCACCUUUGCCGGAUUCCAGAUCAACUAA